AUGACAGUUACAAGCUCACCACGGCAGCUCAAGCUUGCGUUAUUCGGAUUGGGACGACUUGGUGCUAUUCGCGCUCGCAUUCUUGCCUCUCAACAACCUCUUAUUGAUUUCAUCGCCGCAUGCGAUACCAAGCCGGGGGCGGCUGAAUGGGCUGUGGCCAAUCUUCCACCUUCAGUGCGUUUCUACGAUGAUCCUGAAGAUUGCAUGCGACACAGUGGUGCUGAAGCUAUUCUAAUAUCGACCGCGACGGCAACUCAUGCUCCGCUUAUUUGCUUAGGCUUGGAUUUGGGCUUGCAUGUUAUGUGUGAAAAGCCGAUUGCGGUAGAUGUUUUGACCACUCAGGAAGUCGUCCAGAAAGCAAAGUCAAAUCCUCAGCUGAAGUUUCUCGUUCCCUUCACCAGAAGAUAUGAUGACUCGUAUCGCGCUGCUAAAUUGCUGGCUGAGAAGGGUUCACUGGGUGAAGUGCAUGCUGUUGAAACCCACUGUAUUGACAAGCAAGACCCGACUGGUAACAAUUUAUUUCUUGUCAUCUCAGGAGGCAUUUUCGUUGACAUGGGCAUUCAUGAUAUCGAUGUCGGCAGAUACUUCCUCGAUGUCAAAUCAGGACUAACUAAUCCUAAAAGGCAAGUGAAUCGAGUAGUGGCAAUGGGCCAACAAGUCGUUUAUGGCGAUCUGGCAGAAUAUGGCGAUGCCGAUAAUGGCUGGGGGCUAGUCGAAUUCGCCAAUGGAAAGAUCAUGACCACCCAUCUCGGACGCACAACCACAAAUGGCUAUGAGGCGGGAACUCGAGUACAUGGCACGAAAGGCCACGCUCUUAUUGGAGCUAAUUCGACGAUCAACCGUGUAGAGAUUCGCGACCAGUACGGCGUUCGCAACGCUUCUGCUCCUGAUGCGUUUUCUCUCUAUGAUAAAACGUUCAUCAAUGAUCUUGACGAGUUUGCCCGCGCGGUCUUAUACGACGCACCCAUGAGCUGCACACCAGAGGACGCUUUUGAGGCUGCGAAGAUCGUUAUAGCGUUGCAGCACUCUUUCCGCACGGGUCAGCCAGUGUACUUCAGCGAGGAUGGCCUUCCUUUACUAGAAACGACUAAGGCUAAUGGCGAAACCAACGGAACAGCGAAUGGACUUGUGACCUAUACGGCAAAUGAAAGUGCAAAUGGAGGGCAUAGUACAGGUUUGAAGGCAAUUUGA